AUGUCGCUCCCCUCGCGCUUCAGGUGGACUGAAGGCAGCGGUGAAGUAUCAUUCAACGGGCCUGAAUUGACCUCUCUUCGAGCCUUCGCUCAGGUGACGGACUACCGCAGUGACUGCACUCGGCCGUCCCCUCUGUGCUCUGAAAAAUACCAAAACCUCUCGAUCAAACGACGCACUCGUUCUCUCCACAGACUACUUUCCCACUCUGAUUCCAUUUUCCAGUUGCACAGUAUCGCCAAACACAUCCGCCACGCUCAAACUCAACCACACAUACCUCUCAACCCAACAGCCAUUACCAUGUUCACCAAAACCCUCGUCAUUCUCUUCAACAUCCUCUUCGCCCUCACCCUCGCCGCCCCCUCGCCUCACAACACCAACACCACGACUGCCAUCUCCAGCUCCUUCCCGAACCUCACACCCCGCGACUGUAAUCCCAACGGCUACGGCUGCUCCGAAUGCUCCGAAUGCUGCCUCCUGACCUACACAAGUUCCAAAGAGCUGGGCUGUGGCGCUCUGGGCGAUCCACAGCAGCCUCUCUACGGCGUUGCUAAGCCCGAUGGCGGGUGCCAGAACCUGUUCAUUGGCAUGUACGCGGCCAAGGUGGGGGAGUGCACUGGGUUCUUUGAUUCUUGUGUUUUGUGGUGA